CUUGCCCCCGGCAGCGCGCUAUUUAUACACCAGCCACGAGCGCGGCGGUUAGCUAGUAGCCAGCUCCUUCUCAAGUUACACGAAGACUCGGUGUAGUAUCGUAGGCAGAGUUAUAAGUCAAACAGUGCUCGAUCAGUUAUUUCCUCAGCUUCUGAUCAGUAUAGUCGUCGUUCGUGAACCAAAUAUUUUGAAGCGGUUCGGUAGUCAGCGAUGGCAAAGCAGAAGAUCGUGAUCAAGAUGACCAUGCCCACCGCCAAGAGCCGUGCUCGGGCCAUGGCGCUGGCCGCCAGGGCGAGCGGGGUGGGGUCGAUAGGGAUCACCGGCGACCUCAAGGAUCGGCUGGAGGUGGUCGGCGAGGGCAUCGACAUCACCUGCCUCGUCCACUGCCUGCGCAAGAAGGUCUGCUGCCACGCCGAGAUCCUGCAGGUGGAGGAGGUCAAGGACAAGAAGCCCGAGAAGAAGAAGCCCGAGGAGGAGAAGAAGCCCUGCCCGUGCCCAGGGCCGUGCCGGUGCGCCGCCGUCGGCUACUGCCACGCGCCGAUGCCGAUGGUUCUCUGCGAGGACCCGCCGGAGGGCAUCUGCCGCGUCAUGUGAAGCUAGCAGUAAGAUGAUGGAUCUCGCCAUGCAUUUGUAUUUGUGAUUUGACUUCUCAACUCGAUCUUGCUGCCACAACACACAGCUUCUUCAUACGUGUGUGUCAGUGUGUGUGUGUGUGUGUGUGUGUGUGUGUGUGUGUGUGUGUGUGUGUGUGUGUGUGUGUGUGUGUGUGUGUGUGUGUGUGUGUGUGUGUGUGUGUGUGUGCAAACGAGGUUCUGGUUUCCUUUCGCUAAGCUUCCGCCAACCAUGCAUCGACAGUGUAACUAGCUAGAUCACUACAAGCUAGCGUGUAUGUUAUAUGUGUGCAUGUACUUGUUGAGUUGGUCACGUUGUAUCCAUCCAGUUGUGAACUUGAUGCAAAGAUUGUUAUUAUAUUUAAUAAUUAAGAAAAACAUGCGUACUAA